AUGACGGCACAGGGCCGGAUCUCGGCAUCGCCCAAGGGCACGGCCGAGCUGUUCGACGACGAAAAGGGCGCAGCCCUGAGCCCAGCACCCUCGGCCACGGAUGCCGAGUCGGCCGUCUCGCCGCCCGGCCGCAAUGGCGUCGCCCGCCCGGCCGCCACCGUUCCGUCUCGGCUCGGGGCGUUCAAUGCCCGUAUCGAGGGCCUGGCCGGCUUUGAGGCCCGCGGAAUCGCCCGCGUGCCGCCCGAGGAGCGCCGCCCGCCCAGUCUUUCCGACGAUAUGCAGGUUGCCAUCAUGUGGUUCAGCGCAAACAUCUCGCUCAACAACCUGGCGGCCGCCAUGCUCGGUCCGCUGGUACUCAACCUCGGAUUCCUCGACUGCGCCCUGCUGGCCGUCUCGGGCGCCUUGGUCGGCAGCCUGACGACGGCCUACAUGAGCAUCUGGGGGCCGCAGAGCGGGAACCGCACCAUGGUUGUGCUGCGCUUCUUCAUGGGAUAUUGGCCCUCCAAGAUCCCCUGCUUCCUCAACGUGGUCCUCAUGGUCGGCUACGCCACCAUUGACGGCAUCAUAGGCGGUCAGGUGCUGUCGGCCGUCAGCGGCGGCCGAAUGACCAUCGUCGUCGGCAUCGUCGUCGUCUCCGUCGUGUGCUGGGUCGUCGCCGUCUUCGGAAUGGCCCUCUUCCACCGGUACGAGCGCUAUUCGUGGCUGCCCCAGGUGCUCGCCCUCUUCGUCCUCAUCGGCGUCGCGGGCCCCUACUUUGACGCCUCGUCCACGUCCAAGGCCCAGGGCGCGCUGCUGGCCGCCCAGCGCCUGUCCUUUUUCAACAUCUGCCUGUACGUGCCUAACUCGUGGGCCGCCGCCGCGUCCGACUUUUACGUCUACUACCCGGAGAAGACGUCGCGCCUCAAGAUCUUUUGCCUGACGCUCGUGGGCCUCUGGACCGCCUUUUGCCUCGUCUAUCUCAUCGCCAUUGGCCUCGGCACGGGCGUCGCCAACAUGCCGGCCUGGUCCGCCGCCAACGGCGUCAGCUCGGGCGCCCUCAUUGUCGCCGGCUACGAGCCCCUUGGCGGCUUCGGGCGCUUCUGCUCCGUCGUCGUCGCCCUGGGCGUCAUUGCAAACUCGAUUCCCAGCACCUACUCGGCCGCGCUCGGCUGCCAGACGCUCGGCCGCUACGGCAAGGCGGUGCCGCGCUGGGUCUGGUCGUCGCUGCUGGUGCUUGUCGAGCUGGUGCUGGCCGUCGCCGGCCGCGAGCACCUGUUCCUCAUCUUCCAAAACUUCCUCGCCCUCAUGGGCUACUGGGUCGUCAUCAUGGUCGUCAUCGUGCUCGAGGAGCACCUCCUCUUCCGCCGCCGCCGCGUCGCCGAGGCCUUUGACUGGUCUCGCUGCGAGGACCGCGCUCAUCUACCCGCCGGCUGGGCCGCCCUCGCCGCCUUCCUGCUCGGCUGGGUCGGCGCGGUCCUCGGCAUGAGCCAAGCCUGGUAUGUCGGCCCGCUGGCCAAGUUGGCGGCGACGGCCGAUGUUGGCUUAUGGAUCGGAUGCGGCUUUACCCUCGUCACAUUUGCGCCGCUGCGGCACCUCGAGCUCAAGCUGGUCGGCCGCUGA